AUGGUCAGCAUUCAAGCCGCCUUCCGCACCCCAGGAUACCCCGAUGAAGGAUAUUUCUUCAAGGGAUCUCGAUACCUCCGCAUGUGGUGGAAGCCCGGAACACCUGAGGAGCGUAAGGUGUUUGGCCCCGCCACCAUCACGAAUGAAUGGAAGGUCAUUCGCGACGCCGGAUUCAGCUCCGUAGAUGCAAUGCUCCCGUCCGUCAAAAAUCCCCAGAAGGUGUACGCUUUCAGCGGAAACCGCUAUGUCCGCUUCAGCUUCGUCCCCGGGACACCAGAAGAAUCCAAGAUCUUCGGCCCCGCGAACAUCGUGGAUGAAUGGAAAUCACUUCGUGACGCUGGAUUUAACAAGGUCGACGCUGUCAUCCCCAUUCCGUCCACAAAGCCCGAGUAUGAGGAAGAAGCCUACUUCUUCAGUGGCACCAAGUACAUCCGCGUCAGAUACACCCCCGGCACACCAAAGGAAGAAGUAGUGUUUGGACCAGCCAAAAUCACAGACGAAUGGAAGAUCCUUCGGGACGCCGGUUUCGACGAGGUGGACGCUUUUGUUCCUAACUCCAACAGCAACACCGACGUGGAAGUGUAUGCGUUCCGUGGAACCAAGUACGUUCGCUUCCGAUACGGCCCCGGAACGCCAAAGGAGGAGGUGAUCUAUGGGCCGGCGGGUAUCUCCGAGAACUGGGCCACUCUUCGCGAGCUUUGA